AUGUACCAUCCGUACAAGCGGCCUCAAGCAUCGGGAUACGGGCGCAAUAAAACCGGUCGAGCUGCAAAAGCCGCGCCAAAAAAUGGGAACCAGCCCCAAUUCGACCAACAGGACAAGGCGUCAGGCCCAGCUCUCAGUCGUUCCUCGGGGUCCUUGAGAGGAGCCUUCUUCCAAAACAACGACGGCAAAAUAGAGCUCUUCGACGGCCAGACGGGAUUCACUCACAUGUGCAGCCCCUCGUCGCAACAUUCUGGGCACGAGGAUCCCCUCGUCAUCGCCAUCGAUGGCGCCUGCCCUGGGAACGGCACGGUAAGGGCAACCAAGUCAGGUUAUGGAGUAUUUUUCGCACCCGGCAACCCCAAAAACACGGCUGCCCGGAUCCCGAACCAUCUUCUCGAGGGCGCCAAACACACAAACAACAUUGCUGAAAUCAUGUCCGCCAUAUCUGCGCUCCAUGGCGCGACGAUUGUCGCCAGGGGUGGUAUUCAACGGUACACCGAUACCGUGAAGCACGGAGACGUAAGAAAGCCCAGCGGAGAGCCCCAGAAGUUGAAACACGUCGUCGUCAAGUCAGAUUCAGAGUACGUUGUCAAGUCCAUCGCAGGCGGGAAGAAAGGGGAGCCGCCUUAUAUUGCGAAAUGGGAGACGAAUGGAUUUCGGACGGCGGGUGGCGGGGCUGUAAAAAAUGCAGCUCUUUGGCGUUUGCUAACGCAGUACAUCGACAAACUCCGCGAGAUGGGCGUCACGGUUCAGUUCUGGCACGUUCGGCGCGAGCUGAACAAGGAUGCCGAUCGGCUUGCGAAUGAAGGCCUGGUCUUGGAGGUUUCUGCUGUCAGUUCGACGGUCGAGGAGGAGAUCAAGCGGGUUUGGAAAGCUCAGGGUGUCUCGAGAAAGGGACGAAGCCAUUCAAAUGAGUAA